UGCUAGGGCCGGGCUCAGCCAGCCCUGCGGGCGAAGGUAACGGGUGGGGAGGACCGCGGGGCGGGGUUAGACGGGAAGUCCCGCCUCAGCCUCUGCGCGGGUCUGUGGUGUUGCCCUUUUCCGGAGAGAGGAGUUGGAACAGCUGGCCUUGACAGGGCUCCAGUUUAUUCCUCCAGUGCAUGCUGACACUUGAAGCCCAGGUGAUUUCUGUUCAUCUCUUCAAAGUUACUAUACCAUGGCAGGCCAACUCUUCCCUCAAUGUGCACAUAGAGCUCGCUGCCGGAUAAUGCAGGAACCUCCAAAGAGCAUUGAGGAAUUCUUAAAGCUUCAAAACUGGGAUCACUGGCCAAAGGAAAUCCAUUUGAGGGAUAAUGAUAAGUUGUUACAUACUCUGAAAAAAAUAAAAGAAGAUAGUUCAUUUAUUUCAAUCUAUACACAUCUGUGGGAAAAUGUACCACGAAUACAUGAUGCAGUCAUGGCCAUGGAGUCAAGAUUAGCAGAUUGUUCAAUUCUCUUGAAAAACCAUGCCUCUAAAAUAUUUGAGUGGAACAGCAUAAUUUCCAGGACAAGUUCUCCUGGAAAACUGAAACAAUACAAGGCAUUUCUAAAGAAGUACCAUAAGGAAAAGAAGAUAAUGCUCUCAGAUGAAAUGGAGACAAAGAAGGAUGUAGAGGGCUGCAACUUCCCAGGAUUCAGAACAGAUGAGCUUACUCAACUACCAAGACAUCUGAAUGCUGAACGAAUUUAUCUUUUUAUUUUAAAAGCUCGUAACUUCGAUGGAAAAGUUUUUAAAAUCUGGAGGGGUCAUUUUCUCUCAGAAGCCUCAAUUGCUCUUUUGCAUGAUUCGUUUUGGUGGUGGUUUCUCCAUAAAUUUAAGCCUGACAGAGAAAAUCAAGAUUUCCUGUUUGAUAGAAUAUCAGAAAGUUAUGUGGCACUUUUUAUGAGUGUACCUCAAAGUCGAAAGGAUACAUUCUUUCAGGUGUAUCCUGAUUGUUUGACACAAGCUAUCUAUGCAACAUUCCUAGAAGCAUUUCCAGAAUCCAGUCAUCUCUUUAAUGAUGAAUUUAAAGAAGAUCUGGGGAAUAACAUUUUUCUUUGGAUGUCAGGUUUAAAACCUCAAAAAGGCUUUUGGACCCACUGGAAACUGAAGGACCUCACCACAACAACCAUUCAUGGUAGCAAGAAAACACCUUCAAACUCUAUAAAAGACAGGAUUGCAAGAAGUCAAGAACGCAUAUCAAAUUCUAUAGACUUCAAUAUGAUGAAAAUUUUAGCGAACCCCAAAGCACAUACAAUGCCUGCGACCAAGGAAGAACCAAGAUUAUCAAAACUGCCAUCAAAGUCCUAUUAUAGUAGUCAUGGUCCAGAGUUUAACCGUGUUCUCUUCAACUUUGGAGGAUACUUGACCCAAAAGUGUGGAGACCACUGCUCUAUCAGAUCCUCAGGAUUCUUCCCAGGACAUUUUUUCUCCCACAUUUCAGUCAAGACAAGAUCCAGAGUCUCACUGACAACAAGCACAUGGAGAUAAGUUGGAUGGCUCUGGAACACAAGGAGAAAGGCAAACUACAGAGCUAAAUCAAUGUCAUGAGACAUGUAACUUAAGUAUAAUGCAAGGAUCCUCAUCACCUUGGAUUGUUUAAACAAAUUUUUUAAUGUUUAGAAGUGAAAUUUGAAAGGUGUCUAAAACCAUUCAUAAUAGAUUACAUUCAUUUUUUAACUAAUUUUUAUUAUGAUUAUUAUAAAGUCUGUGUUCACAUUUGCAGUGGGCAUGGAUUUGUCCAACAUCUGUGAAAGCAUCCAUACCACCUGUUUACUGAGAAUGUGGGAAGACUAUGAGUAUAUGUGGGGAUAAGAAAAGGAAGAGAUGGGGGUCCAAGACAUGAAACACUUUUCAUAAAAAAUCUAAACAAAAUCACUGUUUUGAAAGUAAUGGGUCUUUCUGUGAUGUUAUCUGAGCUUGUAAAAUUUAAUACCUACUGAUAAUAAAAGGUGAUCCUAGAUCUAAUGAUGAACAAAA